AUGCAGAGCCAGCGAUCACGACUACGAAUGGGGUACCCGCGCACAGCAGACAGAGAAGCACAACGACAACGGUAUGCUACUACCGGCAGCGGUCCUGUCCGUCAGAGCCUCUAUGACUGGGCUGUUGCCGCUUCCCCGGGACCAGACAUGCGGGACUUGGAGUCGAGCGACGAUAGCGAUGGAGACGUGGAGGGCAUGAGCAUCACCGCUCCGGAGGCCGAACCCAACGCAAGGCAGGAUCUCCAACGACUCGAGAGCGCAUUACAAAACUAUCGCUCAGCAAGGGAUGCUCUCAGAUCAAGCCGGUCAUCGGACUUGGGGGCUGUCCCAACAGCCAGCGCCCUUCGAGCAUAUUGGAACGAACCACCCACCAAUGCUGAUACAGCCACCACCAGAACCCCCACUACCUUGGACGUUCCCAGCCAGUCCCGAUAUGAUUCACUAAGGCGGCAUGCGGAAUAUGUACGAUUAUACGGCGGUCGCGAGCGCAGGACGCUGGGGUCUGACUUCCGGUUGACCACAAGAGCGGAACGUAAGAAGUCCGAGGCCUUCGUACGUGUGCGGAACACGAUUCGAUACUUGUCGCAAUUACGACACACUGGGGUGGAAGGUGGUUUCGAACUUGCCUCGCAACUUGAUCUGGACUCAUUGUAUGACUCCGAAGAAGCCAACAUUCCCAGCGAUCUUCCCAUGCAUAUCGGCAGUCUCCCUGUACCGCAAUAUAGUUCGUGGUUGGAGCCAGGAAUGGUCUGGCACGGUCUGCAGUCAACCGAGAGGCAACCAGCUCGCAAUACCGGGACAGUGGCAUCGAACAUCCGGCGAGAGAGACAGCGAGACCUCCUCCGCCGAACUUUUGCUCGACGGAGGGAGAUGGACAUGGGCAACAUCAACGCCGACCUUGACCGUCUUCCAUCGGAAUCACUACUCGAUGCGGAUCGCUAUCUAUCUGAUCUCUUGCAAGACGGCAAUGGUCGAUGGGGGUUUUCCCAGCUCUCAACACUACCCUUGACAUCCCAUCCUGCUCACACGUCGUCCAGUCCAAGCCAAGAGUCAGACCAUUGGCCCGUCAGAGUUACCAUCCAUUCCGUUGACUAUAGUAACAUGGCGCUAACAGGCACAAUGUCGGCAAGCCACAUGCCGGAGAAACUCUCGUCGUCACAACAGCCUGUCUCUCAACCCUAUACCGCCACCACCAGCAUGUCCUCAUUCUUCACAGGCGAGAUCAUCGAUUUCCGACAACAGCCGUUGGAGACCGAGGCAGAGGGACGCGAUUACCGAGUUGGCGGCCUUGACACAGAUGCGAGGUACUGGGCCCGUCUCGGGCCAUUUAGGAAAGAAAUCGAAAAGGUGCGCAACCUGCGCGGCAAGAGAAGAAGUGAAUACCACCAUGACAGUCGACUGUGGGACGCGUUCCGCAAAGCCGCCGGGGCUGAGGGCGACAACAAAGACUCUCCUGGGCCGUCUGACAGCAACUUCAGCCCUUCGACCGACCCCGCCGAGACAGAGAUGGCAUCAAACACCGACUCUACCGGGACGACGGGCGCCGAGACGGAAGAAAGCAGAGAGGUCGAGGCAGACGAGGUCAUGGCCCGCAGCUUGGGCAGUGCCAAGUGGAUUGCAGAGAAGCUGGGACGGGAAUGGAUCUUGAUGCGCUGGAAAGAGCAGUGCUUCGUAACGCCUCCUGAAGCGGCAGGACCUGCUUCCGCUUCCGAUGCCACGCCAACCACCAUACUCACGACGUCGACCACGACGCCACUCGCCGGAUCCUCCUCCACGACUGCGAACGACAACAAUUCCGCCAGCACCUCGUGGGGCCUCACCAUCUCCGGAUUUUACUAUAUCGCGCUGAACCGUCUGACGGGCGAAAUCGAUGGGUUGUACUACGAUCCAGGCUCACAGCCUUAUCAGGCACUCAGGAUGGUUCCCGAGGGGACUUCGAUGCGAGGGCUAGUCAACCGGAGUGGAUCCGGGAAUGAGGAGGCGGCCUACCCAGCACAUUCGUCGACCGGAUCAUUUGGUGGUGGUGGGAGAGCCCGUGUCUGCGGAUGUGGCGGGGUGAAUUGCAAGGAAAGAGUUGGACUGAAGAAAUGGUUCCCAUCAGUUGAGUUUCGGUGA